UCUCGCUUCCUGAUUGUUUGCAGGCAAACUAAGAAAGCAAUAAAGACACCGAAAGCCAAGAAAGUCCAAGGGAGAGGCGGCCAGCACUGGCGGAGACAGGGAGCGGGGUGUCAACAUGGCGCUUUUCACCCUGCAGCUAUCCUCUCUAGAGGAGGGGUCUCGCUCCACACCUGUCCAGGAUGAUGAAAAAAACAGGAGGAAGCGAAUGCAAAGACGGCAGAGCUUUGUCAUGGUGAAAGGGGCUGCUCUUCUUCUGCAGGAAGAGGGUGAACCGGAAGGGAAUGACAAACUCCCUCAAACAUCAGGCCCUAGUGAGCAGGAGCUCCACCUACAGUCUAUGUUGAGACUACUUCGGGAGGAGGAUACCUUGAAACUGGCUGUUCGUCUGGAGCCCAUCCGGUCUUGUCUAACUAGAUAUCUGGUUGUGGUUUCCUCUAUGGGAAGAUCUACAGAAGAACAGACAAUUCUACUAGGUGUAGACUUUGCUCAUGAUGGGUCUAAUACUUGCACAGUUGGCACAGUGCUACCGGUGUGGAGCAAUACACAGGUCUUCCUAGAUGGAGAUGGUGGCUUUAGUGUUACAUGCGGGAUGGACAUCAGGGCAUUUAAACCUAUUUCUGUGCAAACAAUGUGGGCACUACUGCAGAUGCUCCACAAAGCCUGUGAGGCUGCAGAGGUAAAUAACUAUAUUCCAGGUUCCAGUCUAUGUACUGGGCUGGUAUAUUAUCUGGAUCAUUACCGUUCACCCCAGGGAUGUAUUAAUGCAUGGACUGCCAUGUCCGACAUCACAUCUACACGGAAAGAUCCCACCACCCCAGAGAGGGAAGAAACUGAGAAAAUCAUCCGUAUGAAGCUACGAGACAUCUUGAGAGAGAGUGACCUUGAGAAUAUAACAUCUAAACAGGUGCGCACAGCUCUGGAGCAGCAUACUCACUGUGCUCUACAGGACUACACAGAGUUCAUUGAUAAUGAGAUGAUCAUGAUUCUAGCUCAAAUGGACCGACCCUCAGAGAUCUUCCCUUAUCUUUAUUUGGGUUCAGAGUGGAAUGCCUCAAAUUUGGAAGAACUUCAGAAAAACAAGGUCACACACAUACUAAAUGUCACUCGUGAAAUUGAUAACUUCUUUCCUGAAACAUUUACUUAUUUAAACAUCCGAGUCCUGGAUGAAGAGAGCACAAACCUUCUACAGUAUUGGAAGGAGACGCACCGUUUCAUCUCCAUCGCCAGACGACAAGGCACCCGUGUCCUUGUGCAUUGUAAGAUGGGUGUCUCUCGUUCAGCCUCCACAGUUAUAGCUUAUGCCAUGAAGGAAUACGAGUGGACAUUUGAAGAUGCUUUGAAACACGUUAAGGAAAGAAGGAGCAUUGUGCAACCGAACGCUGGAUUUCUACGGCAGCUUCAGACAUACCAGGGCAUCCUAGGAGCAAGUAAGCAAAGACACAGUUAUCUAUGGGACCCAAGCUCUACACCACCACGCCCACAAUUACUAAGUCUCCCAGAAUCCCUGUCAGGGUCUUCUGUGGUAUCCCUUUGUUCUAGACAAAGGAAAAUGAACUUGCGUGCUCUCAUGAGAUCAAUCAGUGAGAUGGAGGUAACGGACACUGCUCCAGAGAAGAGGACCAUGGGUGACGAUGAUGGGCACCUGGAAAAGCUAGACAUCAUGCCCAAAAAUAAGGAAAGUGUAUCAGAACAGCUGGACAGUGUAUCUUCGAUGGACGAGAGUCUAUUGGAGGGACAGGAAAGUUUCAUGGACCAAGAAGUAGAGCAGCAGUACACAGACACUCAAGAAGGCAAAUUGACCACAGAUUCAAACCUAAAUAGUUCUGCAUUGCUGGAGGAGAACCCAUCUGUGGAUGAGGUAUUUGGAAGCAGCGCCCCUUCUUCUCCACAUUCCCGUAGUACAUCAUCAUCUGCCCGCAGAAGAUCCAGACGCAGAAAGAAGCUUGUCGCCCAGCAAUCUCUGGAUCCUUCCUGGGCAGGGCAUGCUGUAAAGUCUCAAUCUGUAUUAGAGAUGCAAGGAGCCACACUUGUAAGCAAUCGCCUGCAGGAGGCAGAAAAUCAUGCCCGCAAAGCCAGGAUCACUCGACAGAGCAACGUGGGGGAAACUCCUGAGGAACUCUAGUAGAUUCUUUGCCAUUUGACCUUGAGAGGUGGACAGUGCAAACUAGGGAGAUUAUUUUUAUUAAAUGAUUUUUAUUUCAUGUCUUCUUCACUGCACGUCGUUACCACAUCGGUUAGAACUGCAGCUUUAAAAUGGGAUAGACUCAGGGACAGCAUUACUAUGCUAUGUCAUAACCAUUUAAGACUACAUAAUUUUUAUAUCAAUAUGGGCUUAUAUUGCUUUUAAACUUAGCCUGCCAGGUACUGACCUUUGUGGCUGGACACAACUGUUAGUAAAUCCUUUAUGGUCCAAGGCAUCAGUGAGUGCUCUGUAGACUAUGGGACAACUUUUUCACCAACACAUAAGCCAUCAAUACAGCUCCCCUCAUAUAU